AGUUUGAAUCCAACGAAAACCCCCAAAUCUAACACUCAUUCCUCUCUUCUCUUCUCUUCGCUUCUGUAUAUGUUCCCAUGUCUAAGGUAUUUUAACUACAAUUAGCAACCGACUAUGGCUUCCACUGCUUAUAGAAACGGUACUCUUCAGACUCAGAAGGGAGCUGUCAAGCCAAUCACUGCGACUUCUUCAAAUUUUAAAUCAUCUUCUUUCAAAUCUAGGCUUAAUCCAUCUCAGUCCCCGGGAUCGGCUCUUCGCCGCAGCAGUCCAUCAUCUUUCGCCGCCGGAAAUGACGGAGUACCUGGAAGAGUACGGGUGGCUGUGAGAUUGCGACCUCGAAAUGCGGAAGAGUUGGUAGCAGAUGCAGAUUUUGCCGACUGUGUGGAACUGCAGCCAGAGCUUAAGAGGUUGAAACUUCGAAAGAACAAUUGGGACUCUGACACGUAUGAAUUCGAUGAGGUUCUUACAGAAUUUGCAUCGCAGAAGCGUGUCUAUGAAGUUGUUGCCAAGCCAGUUGUGGAGAGUGUUCUGGAUGGCUACAAUGGGACUGUCAUGGCUUAUGGUCAGACUGGCACUGGGAAAACUUUUACACUUGGUCGACUGGUAGGGGAAGACACUUCUUGUCGUGGAAUCAUGGUCCGGUCAAUGGAGGAUAUUUUAGCAGAUAUUUCUUUGGAGACAGAUUCUGUUUGUGUCUCGUAUUUGCAGCUUUAUAUGGAGACCAUCCAGGAUCUCCUUAAUCCAGUGAAUGAUAAUAUCUCUAUUGUGGAAGAUCCAAAAACUGGCGAUGUUUCACUUCCUGGGGCAACUAUUGUUGAGAUUAGGGACCAACAAAGUUUUGUGGAAUUGCUGAGACUGGGGGAAGCUCACCGAAUUGCUGCUAAUACAAAAUUAAACACUGAAUCUUCACGCAGUCAUGCUAUUCUGAUGAUACAUGUUAAGAGGUCAGUCAUAGGAGGAGAUGAAGCCCUUUCAAGUGAAACUAACAAUGGAUCUCACUUGGUAAAACCUUCGAAGCCACUUGUACGUAGAAGCAAACUGGUUAUAGUAGAUCUGGCAGGUUCAGAACGUGUUCACAAGUCAGGAAGUGAGGGGCAUAUGUUGGAGGAAGCCAAGUCUAUUAAUCUCUCACUUAGUGCAUUAGGAAAGUGCAUAAAUGCUCUCGCAGAGAAUAGUUCCCAUGUACCAGUGCGUGAUUCAAAACUUACAAGGUUGCUUAAAGAUUCAUUCGGAGGAACAGCUAGAACCUCAUUAAUUGUGACCAUUGGACCAUCUCCACGUCAUCGAGGAGAGACUUCCACUACCAUAUUGUUUGGGCAGAGGGCUAUGAAGGUGGAGAAUAUGUUAAAAAUAAAAGAAGAGUUUGAUUAUAAAAGUUUGUCUAGAAAGCUUGAAAUACAACUGGACAAGCUCAUAGCAGAAAAUGAAAGGCAACAGAAAGCGUUUGACGAUGAAGUUGAGAGAAUAAAUUUAGAAGCUCAGAGUCGUAUUUCUGAGGUUGAAAGAAAUUUUGCUGAUGCCUUGGAGAAGGAAAAACUGAAGUGCCAGAUGGAGUAUAUGGAAUCAGUAAAGAAGCUGGAGGAAAAGAUGGUUUUAAAUCAGCGGAAGCAAGAAAGUAAUGGCUUCAUUAGUGAUAGAUAUAAUAGAGAGGUGCCUGGAGUUUCUGUUGCUGAGGAAGUUGCGGAGGUCAGAAAGUUGCUUCAAAAUGAAAUGUAUAUGAGAAAGGCAGCUGAAGAGGAGCUCAACAAGCUCAAGAGUCAGUUCGGGAAAUAUAUGCAAUCGGGGUCAUGUGAAGAUACGGAAACUUCAAGGCUUCACAAAAUGCUACAGGAUGAGACACAUCAAAAAAAGAAACUUGAAGAAGAAAUAGUGAUACUACGAAGCCAAUUAAUGCAAUUGACUUUUGAAGCUGAGCAGAUGCGAAGAUGUCCUGGUGAGAAUGGAAAUGCUUGUACGGGUUCAGAUAGACAUUCUCAAUACAAUGAGACUGGGAAUGGACAGAAGGCACCAAUUACUACCCUUUUUGAACAAGUGGGGUUGCAAAAGAUUUUGGCAUUACUUGAGUCAGAAGAUGCCAAUGUACGAAUUCAUGCUGUAAAAGUGGUGGCCAACCUAGCAGCUGAAGAAACAAAUCAGGAAAAAAUUGUUGAAGCUGGUGGUCUUUCUUCCUUGCUGAUGCUUCUUAGAAGUUUUGAGGAUGAAACUGUUCGCAGAGUAGCAGCAGGAGCAAUUGCCAAUCUUGCAAUGAAUGAAUUUAAUCAAGAACUUAUAAUGCUACAAGGAGGAAUCAGUUUGUUAUCUAUUACCGCUGCUGAUGCUGAGGAUCCUCAAACUCUACGAAUGGUUGCUGGAGCUAUUGCUAAUUUAUGCGGCAAUGAUAAGCUUCAAACAAAGCUGAGAUCGGAAGGUGGAAUUAGGGCCUUGCUGGGAAUGGUGAGAUGUGGGCACCCGGAUGUUCUAUCCCAAGUUGCACGAGGAAUUGCUAACUUUGCAAAAUGCGAGUCCCGAUCCGCUACUCAAGGGAUAAAAAGUGGCAGAUCUCUGCUGAUAGAAGAUGGCGCACUUCCAUGGAUUGUACAAAAUGCAAACGAUGAAGCCGCGGCAAUCAGACGACACCUUGAACUUGCGCUCUGUCACUUAGCGCAGCAUGAAGUAAAUGCAAAGGACAUGAUAUGUGGAGGUGCCUUGUGGGAGUUAGUACGUAUCUCACGGGAUUGUUCUCGAGAUGACAUAAGAAGUCUUGCUAAUCGGACUCUGAAUUCCAGUCCCAUCUUCAAAGCCGAAAUGCGGCGAUUACGGAUAGACUUUUGAUUAUUAUUGGAGUAAUUGGCUUCUUUGGAUUGUUUCUCUGGUGCCCACACUUUGAGGAUCGGAGUGAUGAACGGAAACUUCCUGUGUACCGCUGUACAGGCAUUAAAGGAAGCGAAGGCCUGGAUUUUAUCGCAUUUUCACUAAGUUACCAAAUCCAGUUGCCAACUCGCCAUUUUUCUGCACAUAUAAUGUCACCUCGUGUUCCGGUAUUUUUUUUUUUUUUUGUAUAUUUUAUUUAUAUAAAACCUUAGAAUGCAAGUUUCAUUUUUUUUUUUUUAUUUAUUUGUUGUAUAAAUUGAUUUAUAUAA